CCUCGGCGGUAGAUAUGGGGGCGGGCACCUUAUCGAAUGAGGCGACUUCAAUGUCCUUCCUCCUUUUGGAACCUUUUCCCCCCGCGUCGAGGGUGGGAAGCCUAAAGGGAGAUGACAAAGACUCCCAAGCAUAUUAUGCUGACAUGGUCUCCAUCUUGGGGAGAUAUACAGCUGCCUGGAAUGUCACCCUACGUCCAAUAGACGGCCAAGGUCGGCCACGGCCCUGUCAGAUUGAGCCCAUAAUAUGCAAAACAGCUCGAGAUGCGGUACCCCUACAUCAGGCUGCGUUGCAUUCAGUCGGGGCUCGAGCGACCGAUGGCCAUUCGAAGUCGAAGUCACCGUCCUGGGUCGAGGUAAGCUGAUUCCAGCUCACUGCUAGGGGGAAAACAAAACUAUAUAUGUCGCGUGAUAUUGGCCUCCCUGGGUCGCCUUUCUCUUCUACCCGUCAAGACCAGCGUCUCUCAAAGGUUGCCCCUGUUUCUUCCCAGGACCAAAACGACGUCGCGUCUUCACGAUGACCAAACUCUCCGCCGCCACCGCGACCAACCCAACGAACCUCCCGCCUCGCUAUGAGAUCCGGCGGUUGACAGAGGAGCAUAUCGCCUGGGCCAAGGCAAUCGUGCUGCACUCGAACAUAUUCUACUCCCCCGUGUGGCCGGUGUGCUACCCGGAAGCGAAGACGGCGCGGAUGUAUCGGGCCUCCCACGCCGCGGACUACCUGGUCCGGCACCAGAUCGGGUCGGGCCACAGUUUCGGCGUCUUCGACCUGGAGUACCAGUUCAAGCGCGCGGAGUCGAAGCCGGACGGGAAGCUGUACUGGGACCUGGAGGACACCACGCUCGACAAGGACCAGCUCCUGGAGCAGAUGGACUUCCCGCUGGUCAGCGUGGCCUUGGCCUACGACGGGUUCCACGAGCUGGACAUGGAGAAGAUCGGCCCGCUGGUCGAGUGCCUCCCGCUGUUCGGGACCAUCUACCACGUGCUGGGGGCGUCGGACCCGCGCGACGAGGCCAGCUGGAAGCCCACGGGGGAGCGCCAGGUGCUGAUGCGCAACGCCACGAGCACCCGCCACGACGCCGAGGGCAAGGGCGUCAUGAAGGGCCUGGCGCAGUUCCUGAUGCGCUACGCCGCCGAGCAGGGCUUCCGCGCCAUCCAGAUCGAAUGUCUCGCCGACGCCGUCCACAAAGUCUGGUCCCAGCCCCCGCCGCCGUUCAAGAGCACCGUCAUCUGCGAGUUCUACACCCAGGAGUACGAGGAGGAGGUCGAGGUCGACGGCGUCAAGACGAAGAUCAGGCCCUUCGGGGAGGCCAAGCAACGGGCCACCAAGGUCUAUUGCGAGCUGACACCGACUCAGAACGGGCACGCUCAUGCACCCGCGGCGGUCCCGGCCGUCGGUGCCCUGGGUUGAGGAUAUUCGGACACAGCGCGGAGUUUUUUGACGUUAUUGCAAGCCGGUCGUGGCUAGAAUCUCGGGUUUUGUUGUAAUCAUCACAAUUAAACGUCCCCAUUUCUCUACACCAUAUACACACACACCGACGUCCGUCGACGUUCAAUAUAGCUCGUUGCACGAUGAGA